AUGAAUAGUGGUCUCCAGAACCAGAAUAUCUUAUAUUCUGUGGAUUCAAUUCAGUCUACAGAAGACCCGAAAUUGUUUUUAGACCCAAAUUUGUUGAGCACUGAUGGGACGACAUCUCUUCAAUUCACUUCAUUCUCAAAAGACGGCAAAUACUGCGCUUAUGGUAUAAGUAAAGGGGGGUCUGAUUGGAUCAUAAUUAAGGUUAAAAACACGGAGACGCUGGAAGAUUUGCCUGAUGAACUCAAAAAAGUCAAAUUCUCGUCUACUUCAUGGUCUCACGACAACUUGGGAUUCUUUUAUGCGCAAUACGAUGAGUACGAUGGCACUGGUGAGGGCACGGAUCCUAUUUCACCUAAAAACCAGAAACUUUAUUACCACAAACUCAAUACCGAACAAACCAAUGAUAUAAUGGUCACUAAAUUUGAUGAUAAACCCGAUUGGCUCAUAGGGACACCAGUUGUGAGCGACGAUGGAAAGUAUGUGCAUAUCUUCCCACAGGAAGGGACGUCGACCAGCGCCUGGUAUUUCUCGAAGUUGGAGACACCGGUGACCGCGGAGUUGACCUUCACGGCCGUCAAAGACAAACCCGACGGUGAAUACUAUUACGUGACCAGUGAUGACAACCUGGUUUACUUACGAACCAAUAAGAAUGCACAAAGGUUCAGGAUCGUUCGCGUAGAUCUUAACAACCCUGCUGAGACUAAUUGGGCGCAAAUACUUCCGGAGCACGACAUCAAUGUGUUGAACGAAGCGGUGGCCGUUAAUAAUGACUAUUUGGCGGUCAUUUACAUGCGAGAUGUCGUCCAUAUCAUCGAAAUGCAUAAUCUAAAGGAUGGCAAAUAUCUGUGGGAUAUCGACACUCCCAUCGGCACCGUUAGCGGUGUGAGCGGUGAUCGCGACGGAAAGGAAUUGUUUUAUAAAAUGACUUCAUUUCUCAAUCCGGGAAUUAUAUACAGAUAUGACUUCAACACUAACCCCAAUACUAUUAGUGUUUUUAAAACUUCAGUGGUUUCAGGUUUAGAUACAAAUGAAUUCGAGACAAAUCAGGUAUUUUUCACGAGCAAAGAUGGCAAAGUUAAGAUUCCCAUGUUUUUGGUUCAUAGAAGGAAUAUCAAACUGGACGGCUCUAACCCCACUUUGUUAUACGCUUACGGAGGUUUCAAUAUAAACAUUGAGCCCGGAUUUGAUCCAUUGGGCACUUUCUUCAUUAAGUACUUGAAUGGAGUCUAUGCUGUGGCCAACAUUAGAGGGGGCGGGGAAUAUGGUGAGAGUUGGCAUGAGGGGGGUAUGUUACUCAACAAACAAAAUGUUUUCGAUGACUUCGCCUCUGCCGCCGAGUACUUGAUUAAUAAGAAGUACACCCAAAGGGACAGACUAACAAUCAACGGCCGAUCAAAUGGUGGACUAUUAGUAGGCGCUGUCAGUAAUCAACGGCCGGAUAUCAUUGGGUGCUCGUUGGCUAAUGUCGGUGUGAUGGAUAUGCUUCGGUUCCCACUGUUCACCAUAGGGUGGGCGUGGAUGGAAGAGUACGGCGACCCCCAGAAUAAUAAGGAUCACUUUGAAUACAUCUAUAAAUACUCUCCAUUGCAUGCAAUACCGUCUACAGCCACACAAUAUCCCGCAAUGCUUGUCUUGACCGCUGAUCACGACGAUCGUGUAGUGCCGGCUCAUUCAUACAAGUUUGCCGCUGAACUUCAGUACCAAUUGGGAGCUAAGUUACCGGACACACCACUCAUGAUAAGAGUGGACACCAACUCUGUGGUCGUCAUAAUUAUGAUCGCCUUCGCGACCAUCGUGUCCUCAUUUCAACUAAACGGUGGUCAACCCCUCUAUGACCCCAACAACCCUGACAUCCAGAUCCUCGCGGACACCAACUUCACUCAAGAGGUGUACGAGUCUGCCAUGAACUCGGGACGCAUACAACUGAUCCAGUUUUACAACAGUUGGUGCGGACACUGCAUAUCAUUCGCGCCCACAUUCAAAGAGAUGGCCAAACAGUUGCACCACUGGAGGCACGUGUUGGCCAUCCGUGUGGUGGACUGCGCUCAAGACAUGAACACCAAGUUAUGCCGGCAUAUGGACAUCAAUGUCUACCCGACGCUCAAACUCUACUGGUUUAGCCCCAAACCCGAUGAUAAGGGCAAUGAACUCCAGGCCGAUGAAAGGACAUCGGAAGGCCUACAGAAAGGUGUCAUCAAAUGGAUUACAGACAAUUGGGUGAAAGGAGUGCCCCGUCAAUGGCCAGACUUGAUGCCCGUGUCUGCCCUCUCCAAAGACCUAUUCAUCAAAUUACUUCCCAUUGAAAAAGGCAUUCCUGUGGUUGUGGUGGUCGAGGAGGAGAAGUCGUUUGUGGGCCAAGAGAUAAUUCUCGACAUGAGUGCAUACCAGUCAUCUGUCACUGUAUUACGAAUGCUGGACACCAGUGAAGCACUUCUGAAUCAAAUACUUCCCAAAACUAUAAAGAGCUAUAAAUUACCGAUUUUGCUGACCAUUGAUAACACGGACUAUUCGUUUAAAAUUUUCCAAACGCCCGACGACUAUCCUGUGAAGGAAAUCCGCGAACAAUACGUCAAACGAAUCAAAUCACAGUUUGUCUCCCAUUCCCUCCUGAAUAGCGAACAAAACGGACAAUACGUGCAACAGAUAGCGCCCAACAAACAGCCCGAGGACUCAUCGGUGGCUAAAGUGAUGAAUAGCAUCGAGGGUCCGAAGACUGGCCAACGGAUCCAUAUGUCUGACCUGAAUAACGCUCUGAGAUAUUCACUGUUCAAAGAAGUGGCGCUCAAAAGGAAACUCAAUUCAACUCAAAUCAAUGCUCUCAAGAAUUACUUAUCAGUACUGGAGCUCCACUUCCCCUUUCAGACCAACAAAAUGUUGACUUUUGUUAAAUACCUCAACGAAUGGCUCUCCAAGAAGAAGGCGGGCGUUGAUGUGGACGUCGAGGACAUGUUGACCACAAUGAAGAUAUACGAAGAGUAUUACCACUUCCCGGAGAUGAAGCCGUGGAAGGGCUGCGCGGGUAGUGAUGGCAAAUACCGGGGCUACCCGUGCUCUAUGUGGACACUGUUUCACACGCUGACUGUCAGCGAAUACAAGAAUACUCUGCGAUCACAGAAGUGGUCGACACUUCAUUCGGUGUUGUAUUCAAUGAGAGAUUACAUAAAGAACUUCUUCGGCUGUUCGUAUUGCGCGCAACACUUCCAAGAGAUGGCCAAAGAGUUGGAGUCAACCCUCACGUAUCCCAACAGUUCUCUGCUAUGGCUGUGGCGGUCACACAAUAAAGUGAAUAAACGACUCAAAGGCGACGCCAGCGAAGACCCCUUACACCCGAAACAGCAGUACCCGACCCGAGAGGACUGUCCCGAGUGUUACGACAGCGCCGGCGAGUUUGUCGAGAAGAAUGCGCUGGAAUUCCUGUUAAGACACUAUUCUAUGGAGAAUAUCAUUAAAGACGACUCGGAGGACGAAGCAAAGAGUGGUAACUCUGAUAACGCCGUUGAGCACAAGAGUCAUAAUAAUGGCGUGACGUCUGGUAAGUCGUCGUCGGGAACCGAUAACAGAAAUACUUCAUUAAAAGCCAAAUGGAAUUAUAGUCUAUUAAAUAAUAUGGACUAUAGUUUGAUAUUAUUCUUAUAUUUUUCAUCCGCGGCUAUCAUACUAUUGAUUUGCGUUUACCUUAAGAUUAUUAGGAGAAAGAGGGGACAAAAGUACGGUUCCCUCAAAGCGUCGUUGAAUUUUGCUUAAGAUUUUGUUUUCUAAUUACUUGUCGACAGACUUACGG